UUAGGCACAGCUGCAGAGAACAGAUUCCAACUCACACUCAGACUCAGAUCAGUUGAAAGUGAAACGCAGAAUAUGUUGGACGUAAUUGCCCUGCUGCUCGUGACGCUUGCCGUUAGCUUCUGGUUCGUGCGCACACGGCUCAGCUAUUGGGCGCGACGUCGCAUAAGCCAUGUGCGGCCCAGCUUUCCCAUGGGCAAUCUGGAAGGCUUUCGCAGCACGAAGCACUUUAAGGACAUUCUGACGCCGCUCUAUGAGAGUUUCAAGUCCACUGGAGCGCCGUUUGCGGGCUUCUACUUUAUGCUGCGGCCCGUGGUGCUGGUGCUUGAUCUGGAGCUGGCCAAGCAGGUGUUGAUCCGGGACUUUGCCAACUUCGAGGAUCGCGGCAUGUACCACAACGAGCGUGAUGAUCCGCUUACGGGGCAUCUGUUUCGCAUCGACGGGCCCAAGUGGCGGCCACUGCGUCAGAAGAUGUCGCCCACCUUCAGCUCCGGCAAGAUGAAGUUCAUGUUUCCCACCGUCUCCGCCGUGGGCGAGCAGCUGGCGCAGGUCUGCGGCGAGUUGGCCAGCAAUUCCAUUUGCGGCAUUCUGGAGAUAAACGAACUGAUGGCCAGGUACACCUCAGAUGUGAUUGGCAACUGUGCAUUUGGCCUGGAGUGCAAUGGACUGCGCAAUCCGGAGGCCGAGUUUGCCGUGAUGGGGCGACGCGCCUUUAUAGAUCGGCGCCACAACAGACUCAUCGAUGGCUUCAUCGAAAGCUUUCCGAAUCUGGCCAGGCGACUGCGACUUUGCCAGAUACACCAGGACGUCACGAACUUUUACAUGCGCAUCGUCAGCGAUACGGUCAAGGAGCGCGAGUCCAAAGGGAUUGUGCGCAACGACUUCAUGAAUCUCCUGAUUGAAAUGAAGCAACGUGGCGAGCUCACGCUGCCCGAGAUCGCGGCUCAAUCGUUCAUAUUCUUUGCCGCCGGCUUCGAUACCUCCGCCUCGACUCUGGCCUUUGCGCUGUAUGAGUUGGCUAAACAGCCGCAGAUCCAGGUGAGGCUAAGAGAUGAGAUCGAGCUGGCAUUACAGACACACGACGGACAGUUCACCUACGAGUGUAUGCAGGAGCUGCGCUAUAUGGAACUAGUUAUAGCAGAGACGCUUCGCAAGUAUCCCACAUUGCCGCAUCUCUCGCGCAUCUCCAAGAAGUACUAUGCAGCCAAGGGGAAUCGCCACUUUUACAUCGAGCCCGGCCAGAUGGUUUACAUACCCGUCUAUGGGAUACAUCACGAUCCGGUGCUAUAUCCCGAGCCGCACAGGUUCAUACCGGAACGCUUUCUGGCCGACCAGAUGGCCCAGCGACCCACAGCAUCCUGGUUGCCCUUCGGCGAUGGACCGCGAAACUGCAUCGGCAUGCGAUUCGGCAAGAUGCAAACGAGCAUCGCCCUCUUCCAUCUGCUAAGACGGUUUCAGUUCAGUGUCUGUCCGCGCACAGAGUCCAAAAUCAAAUUUCAAAACUCGAAUCUAUUGCUGUGCCCAUCGACGGGCAUUUACUUAAAAGUUGAAGAGCUUAAGAAGGAACAAGAGCUUUUGCCAAUAAAUAUCGCGUACUCGGCGAAUCAUUUACUCAGUGUGCAUCGAGGUGUAGAAAUGUCGACAAUUCUAGUUCUGAUCGGAAUCAUCGUGACCCUGCUCUAUUAUGCAGCACGACACAGGCACAACUACUGGAAUCGCCGUGGAAUUCCACACGACGUGCCCAGGUUCCCGAAAGGCAACAUUGCCGAUUGGCAAACGAAGCGCCAAUUAGGCGUUAUCUUCAGAGACUACUAUCUGAAGUACAAGAACAGAAAUGCGCCGUUCGCUGGCUUCUAUUUCUUCUUUACGAAGACCGUGGUUGUGACCGACAUGGAGCUGGUGAAGCGUGUGUUAAUAAAGGACUUUAGUAACUUUGAGAAUCGAGGUAUUUUCCACAAUGAAGACGACGAUCCUCUGUCCGCGACAUUGUUCAGCAUUGAGGGUCAGAAGUGGAGGCAGUUGCGCCACAAGCUGACGCCCACCUUCACCUCCGGUAAGAUGAAGAACAUGCUGCCCAUCGUUUUGAAAGUCGCCGAGGAAAUGGCCAAGAUCUUUAAGGAGAAGGUGUCCACAUCGCAAGUAGUUGAGGUUACCGAUUUGGUGGGACGCUACACGGCCGAUGUCAUUGGCAACUGCGCCUUUGGUCUCGACUGCAACAGCCUGCGUGAUCCCGACGCGGAUUUCGUUCGCAUGGGCAAACGGGCUGUGUCGGAGCGGCGAUAUCGUGGCAUCUUAGAUUUCUUUAUAUUUGGCUUCCCUAAGCUGGCGCGUCGCAUGCAUCUCAAGAUAACAGUGGAGGAGGUGGAGGAGUUCUAUAUACGCAUCAUCCGCGAUACCAUCAAAUAUCGCUUAAGGACCGAAGAAAAGCGCAACGACUUCAUGGACAUGCUCAUCGAAUUGUACCAGAAGCAGCAGGCGGGCAACACCGCAGAGGGUCUGACCUUUGAGGAGUUGGCUGCCCAGGCAUUUAUCUUCUUCGUGGCCGGCUUCGAAACCAGCUCCACAACCAUGGGAUUUGCUCUCUAUGAGCUGGCGCUGCAUCAGGACAUACAGAACAAGCUGAGAGCGGAAAUCAACGAGGUGCUGAGUAUGCAGAACAAUGAAUACACUUACGAUAAUGUGAAGGCAAUGAAAUAUCUGGAACAGGUUGUCAUGGAAACUCUACGAAAGUAUCCCGUGCUACCCCAUCUUACCCGGAAGACCAUCUCAGACUAUUCACCCGGAGAUCCAAAGCAUUAUAUUGAAAAGAACACCGCAGUUGUGAUACCAGCCUUGGGCAUACACUACGAUCCCGACAUAUAUCCGGAACCAGAAAAGUUCAAGCCCGAACGCUUCACAGAGGCGGAGAUUGCCGCUCGGCCAGCCUGCAGCUGGCUGCCCUUUGGCGAUGGUCCGCGCAAUUGCAUCGGCUCACGUUUUGGCAUGCUGCAAACGUCUGUGGGCUUGGCCCACCUGAUUAGGGACUUCAAGUUCAGUGUAUCGCCACAGACCCAAAUACCCAUGAAGUGGAUCACGAAGAAUAUACUCUUGUCAGCUGAGAACGGUAUUUACUUGAAUGUGGAAAGAGUAUCAAAAUAAACAGCAGAGGCUUAA